UGGUUCAGAAAGGUAAAUAACAAAGAGAAUGGAUCUUCAGCUUGAGAAAAAAGAUAAAAAGAAAUAACAUUAUCUGUUUAACAAUAAUGAAGGAUAAAUUGGUAAAUUUGCAAUACUAAUAUUUUCUUUCCUCCCUUAUAUUUUCCUCCAAACCAAACAUAAAGGGCAAAAUAACAUAGGAAAGAAAAUAGUAUAAUACUAUCUUAUUUUCCUUUCUCUCCUUUCCAAACAGUGUAAAGGUACUCUCCCCCAAUCAGAGAGAAAGUCAACUGAUAUAAUCAUCAAAUUUCUGUCACGCAAUUAUAAUUUAUACUAAUAUAAUAUUCAGGUGAUCCAACCUUGACUGGACUGUGGAGAGCCAGCACAAUUACAAUUUCCUUUUAACUUCCUCUUCCUUUCUUUUGUCCGAACCCCAGCAACUUUUCCUACUUAAGUCCUCUACAAUUACAUCCGCAGGCAUCAUCUUCUUUAUCGAUCUUUGCCCUCCCCACUUUCUCUUCCUUCUAAAUUAUUGCUAUAUAUAUAUAUAUAAUUUGACAAAAAAUGAAGAGAGGAAGAUCGGUUUCGUCACAAGUGCAGGGCUUUGACUUUGGCUACGUUCUAUUGCUGCUUUUUAUAGACAUAUUAUUACUUGCUAGUGGAUCAGCUGUGCUUCUAAGCAGCAACGAUGAAGCUGUAAGUUUGGUAGCCUUCAUGAGAUCUUCUGUUCAAUUAGAUCCUAAUAACUUGUUGGCCAAUUGGACUUCCAAUUCUUCUAGUCCAUGCUCAUGGGUUGGUGUCUCUUGCUCUCUUGAUGGCCAUGUCACUGCCCUCAACUUAAGCUAUGCUGGUCUUAUUGGCAGCAUACGCCUCUCCAGCAUCACAGCCUUGCCAUUUCUCAAGCAUCUUAGCUUACAGGGUAACUCUUUCUCUGUUGGUGGUCUUUCUGCCUCAAAUGCUACUCCUUGCGCUCUCGAGUCUCUCGAUUUGUCCUAUAACAGUAUCUCCAACUCUGUUCCAAAAAAUUCCUUUCUUAAGCUGUGUAAUAAGUUGGCUUAUCUUAACCUCUCACAUAAUAUGCUAUCUGGAGAGAUACCAUCUACCUUUCUAGCAGAUUCUCCUCCAUCCCUUAAACAUAUAGAUCUCUCACACAACAACUUUUCCGGGAAUUUCUCCAAUAUGGACUUUGGGAGCUGCAGAAAUCUCACUUUCAUUAGUUUAUCACAUAAUAGGCUUUCGGGCGAGGAGUUUCCAUUUAGUCUGAGAAACUGUGAGGUAGUGGAGAGGCUUGAACUCUCCCAUAAUGAGCUUAGGAUUAAUGCCUAUAAAAGCGCCUUGCUAGGAAGAUUGAAGAAUUUGAGGCAGCUAUCUCUAGCUCACAAUCAGCUUUAUGGCAAUAUCCCUUCUGAAUUGGGACAAGUUUGUGGGAAUCUCCAAGAACUGGAUCUAUCAGCAAAUGAACUUACUGGUGGUUUGCCGCUGAAUUUUAUAUCAUGUUCUUCUUUGCGGAGCCUAAACCUUGGCAUGAAUUUCCUUUCUGGAGAAUUCCUCACUACAGUUGUUAGUAAUCUUCAAAGUCUGACAUAUCUCAACAUAUCAUUCAACAACGUAACUGGUCCUGUACCACUAUCUUUGACAAAUAGUACAAAGCUUCAGGUGCUUGAUCUGAGUUCUAAUGGCUUUACUGGGAGGAUUCCUUCUAACUUGUGCUUCUCAAACUCCUCAAGGUUAGAGAAGAUACUUUUAGCAGACAAUUACUUAUCAGGGAAUAUUCCCUCGGAGCUCGGAAGGUGCAAGAACCUGAAGAAAAUUAAUCUUAGUUUCAACAAUCUAAAUGGUCCAAUCCCUGCAGAGAUUUGGACCCUGCCAAAUCUUUCUGACUUGAUUAUGUGGGAAAACAGCUUGACAGGUGAAAUUCCUGAAGAAAUUUGCAAGAAUGGAAGUAAUCUUGAGAGUUUGAUUCUUGACAACAAUCUCGUCAGUGGGAGCAUUCCACAGUCCAUUGGCAGUUGCACCAAUAUGAUUUGGAUGUCACUUUUCAGCAACCAACUUAGCGGAGAAAUUCCAACUAGUAUUGGGAAUCUUGUUAAUCUUGCUGUAUUCCAACUGGGUAACAAUUCACUUACUGGAAAAAUACCGCCAGAACUUGGCAAGUGUAAAGCCCUUAUUUGGCUUGACUUGAGCAGCAAUAACCUUAGUGGACCACUCUCACCUGAGCUUGCAGACAACGCCGGACUAAUUAUACCCAGAACUAUGUUAGGAAAGAGUUUUGCAUUUGUAAGAUAUAAGGAUAUCGAUGGGAUGUCUUGCAGAGGAAAAGCUCUAAUUGAACUUGAGGGAAUUAGCACAGAGGGGCUACAAACUUCUCCUAUGGUGCAAUCUUGUCCAAUAAACGGUAUUCAUCGUGGCAAUACAGUUUGUACAUUUUCUAGCAAUGGAAGCAUAAUAUACGUCAAUCUAGCUUACAAUUCUCUAUCAGGAACUAUCCCCAACAAGUUUGGUUCCAUGAGCAACUUGCAGGUCCUUAACUUGGGGCAUAACAAGCUAACUGGAAAUAUUCCUGAUACUUUUGGAGCUCUAAAAGCAAUUGGGGUUUUGGAUCUUUCUCACAAUUAUCUUCAAGGAUCUAUACCGGCAUCUUUAGUGACUCUCUCUCUCCUCAGUGAUUUUGAUGUCUCUAACAACAAUCUCUCUGGUUCAAUACCGCGUCAUGGUCAGUUAGUCACUUUCGUAUCAAGCAGAUAUGAGAAUAAUUCUGGUCUUUGUGGGUUUCCAUUGCCCCCCUGUGGCUUUGAAAGUCAUACGCCAAGUUCUUUCUUACAAAAGAAGAAGUCUUUGACGGAAGAAAUGGGUUUUGGAGUUCAAUUUUUUAUCACUUUCUCUGUUGCAUUUUUUGUCACUUUCCUGGUCUCAUUUUUUAUUAGUAUCAAGAUGGGUAUUGGCAAGGAAAAGAGCAUUUUUGGGCUAGUGAGGUGGUAAAUUACUUCUUAAGAAGUUGCAGGAAAACAGGAAAAGCUUACAAUUUAAUUGUAUAGUAAAUCAAUAUCAUCAAGACAUUGCUAAAUUAACAUCAAAACAUACAAAAAUAUAAAUGGUGGAAUUACUUGUCUUUCCUUCUUA